UGGGAAUGUUGAAACGACCCGGUCCGGACGUGGCCGCCGGCCAAAGCGAGGGUUGCCAUAUCCAGAUAAACAUGAUUAAUGAUUCUCGUGAUUCUACGAUAUCGGAGACGCGGGGUGAUUUACCUUGUCUGGAUAGCCCUGCCUGAGACAGCCAUUUUAUGCUCUCACUUAAGAUCUGGGGCCUCCGCAUCUAACAAGACUAAUGGUAACCUUACUCGUUUACCCUUUCGAACACCACUAAGAUGACGUCGGAAACUUACAAGGUUGCUGUUCUUACCUCAUCGCAGGAGCACAAUGCAAAACCCACGUUUGAGAUCAAGCAGCUCCCACGCCCUGUCCCUGGCCCCAAUGAAGUUCUUAUCCGGCUUUCACUCACCAGUUUAUGUGGCUCUGAUCUAGGUAUGGCCCUGGGUCAUAUGGGACCCGUGGGGAAGAUUCUGGGUCAUGAGGGCGUUGGCAAAGUCGCAGAGCUUGGCUCCAAUAUUGCCAACUUGGACCCCAGCGUCCAGAUUGGCCAGAGGGUUGGAAUAGCCUGGAUUCGAGAUAUUUGUGGAACCUGCAACAUGUGCGUUGACAUUGCCAAUGAGGGUGAGACGCGAUGCGUUGAGGCUCUGCACUCUGCCAAAGCAUACGAUGGUACCUUUGCCGAGUAUACUCUUGUGCCCUUGCGAUACCUGGCUCGCAUCCCGUCAACCUUUGAUGAUAUUCCCGACGAAGAGAUCGCGCCUAUUCUUUGCGGAGGCGUCACAGCCUACAAGGCUAUCAAGAACUGCAACCUCACACCAGGACAAUGGGUUGUCAUUUCCGGCGCAGGCGGCGGUGUAGGAGCUCUGGGUGUGGCGUAUGCUCACGCCAUGGGUUACCGAGUCAUUGCUGUUGACGCCGGCGCCGGAAAAGAGGAAUACUGCAAAGCUCAAGGCGCCGAGCAUUAUGUAGAUGCUUUGUCUGGCGUAGAUUCGGGAAAACAAGUCAAGGAUCUGACUGAUGGUCAAGGAGCUAAAGCUGUUAUCGUCACGGCGACAGCUGCUGCUGCGUACCAGAAGGCAUUCGACAUGCUUGGGCCAUUUGGCACAUUGAUGUGCGUGUCGAUUCUACCAGAAGAAGCCAAGAUCUCCUUCCACCCGCUCUGGUUCAUUGACAAUGGCUGGACUGUGAAAGGCUCGGCAGUGGGGACGAGGGCUGAUAUCCUCGAGGCUUUACAAUUUGUCAAGCGGAGGCUUGUGAUCCCCAAGAUCAAGUGGGCAGAUCUCGAGGAUAUUGAGGGUCUAAUGGAGAAGAUGUCGAAGGGACAGUUGGAGGGAAAAUAUGUCAUGAAGUUGUAGGGUUAUAUGAGUGGAGCACGGAGUUAGGGGAAGCUGAGAAAUCAUGUGCAAGGGUUUGGUAGGAGGUAUUGGAUGUCGCCAUGUGUAAAUAACUCGAUACAUGAAGAACGAGAUUCUGAAACAGAAAGAUUAUGUUUUUGUAAGGCUUAUCAACAUCUUAGCAAAAUAGAAUCGUUGCUCAAGAAA